AUGCUCUCUUGCCCACACUACCGCCAUCCCCUCCACUUCGUCCACCACAGAAACCGCAAUUACACUACCCUUCUCCAGCUCUCCUCUUGUCUCCACCACCAAACCCCUCAAAACCCCACCACCACCACAACAACAACCACUAAUGACGAACCCAUCCUCAGGACCCACAACUCCAAAUCCACCUCUCUUCUCAUCCAUCACCUUAAAUCACCAAAUCAAACCCAAACCAAGAUUGAAACUUUACAGGAUGUAAUUACACCAGAAGAAAGAGUUAAACUCCAAGAACUAACCCUUGUAACUAAAAAACGAAUCCCACAAUUCCCAGGCUCAGUUUUUCCAACAAAGACAGAAUCUUUAGAUUCUCAUUUACAGACCCUUUUUAGAAACCAAAGUGAAGAUGAAUAUGACAGUGAAAAAGAGGAUGAUUUUGAUGAGGAAAUGGUUGUGAAAGCUAUUGAGAUACGUAGGAAGGUGACAGCUGAGAUUUUUAAACAAGCAAUGAGGAGGAAAGGGAAGUUUGGGAUUACAUAUUCGACAAAUUUGGUUAAUAGAUUAGAUGAGUUUGUUGAUUUUGUUAUGAUUAAGGCUGCUGCAAUGAAGAGAAUGGAUGAGUUUAAGUUUUUGCGUUUUAAUGAUAGAGCUAGAAAUGUUAUUGAGGAGUUGAAUGUUGUGCCACUUAUAAGGUGGUUGAAACACAAUGCAGUUUCGUAUCCUAGGAUUGCUAAGCUUAUUUCCAUGUCAAGAGGAAAUGUUGAGUCCAUCAGACGUGUUGCUGAGUGGUUGAAAUCAAUACACGUGAAGGGGGAUUUUCUUGGGUCGGUGCUCACGAAGGCAGGGGAGAGUAUUUUUGAACGGUCUAAUGAAGAAUUAGAAGAAAUUGUUGGGUAUUUAGAGAGCAACGGAGUAAGAAGGGAUUGGAUGGGUUAUGUAAUGAGUCGAUCUCCUCAAUUGCUGUGUUGUAGCAUGGAAGAAGUGAAAACUCGAGUUGGGUUCUUCUUGGAUCUGGGUAUGAAUGAGAAGGAUUUCGGCACGAUGGUCUUUGAUUAUCCUAGGGUACUUGGCUACUUUACUUUGGAAGAGAUGAACCAAAAGGUUAAUUAUCUCAAGGAGUUUGGCCUCAAUAACGAAGAUGUUGGGAGAUUACUAGCAUUUAAGCCACAGUUGAUGGGUUGUGGCAUUGAGGAAAGGUGGAAGCCUCUUGUUAAGUAUUUUUACUACCUUGGGAUUUCACGUGAUGGUAUGAAGAGAAUGCUUAUCAUUAAACCAAUGGUUUUCUGUGUUGAUUUGGAGCAAACCAUAGUGCCAAAGGUGCGAUUUUUUCAGGAUAUAGGCAUUCGAGAUGAUGCUAUCGGCAACAUACUUGUAAAGUUUCCUCCGUUGUUAACAUACAGCCUUUACAAGAAAAUCCGGCCAGUGGUGAUAUUCUUGAUAACAAAAGCUGGAGUUAGUGAGAGAAAUAUUGCAAAGACUAUAGCUUUGGGACCAGAGCUCUUGGGAUGCAACAUAGUGAAUAAGCUUGAGAUAAAUCUAAAAUACUUCCUCUCACUUGGCAUACGCCAUCGACAAUUGGGUGAGAUGAUUGCUGAUUUUCCAGUGCUACUGCGAUACAAUAUAGAUCUCCUCCGUCCAAAGUACAAGUACUUGAGGCGAACUAUGGUCCGUCCUUUGGAGGAUCUCAUUGAGUUUCCAAGGUUCUUCAGCUAUUCUCUUGAUGACCGAAUAAUUCCAAGGCACAAGAUUCUGGUAGAGAAUCAUAUUAAUUUUAAACUACGGUACAUGCUAGCUUCCACAGACGAAGAAUUUCAGAAAAAGGUCGAGGCUGCUGUGGAAAGGCGUCGAAAAUUUGAAUCUGGUUUGAUGGGUGAUAUGCUCUCUAAUUCUCAAGCAUUUGAUGAGGACCCUUCAGAAGACGAGACAGAUUUCCGGUUUCCUGAAACUCAGAUAAUUGUUUCCAAUUCUCAAAAAAACGCAGCUUAA